AAUUUCCCCAAAUUUCACAUGUUAGGCAGUAUAAGGAAGUGUGAUCUUUAAAUGAUUAUGGGGUUUAUAAGAUAUCAAAUGUAGAAACUUAGAUGAAUACAUCUGUAGCAAAAUAUACUGGCACACACACCCGUCAAAGAUAUGGAAGAGGGAAGAAGAGAGUCCAUGCUGUUUUACAAAUACUUAUGUCACAAAAUUGGAACACAAGUCGAUGUGAAGACUAGAAGACUGAGUUUCAUUAUUUGCGAUAUUCACAACCACCCACUUAAACGUAAUGCGUUUAAAUAUUUUCCCGAAAUAAGCAGCGGAAGUAGAGCCGAAGGGUUGAAUUUGAGUGGAAGUGAUGUUGACAUAAUGUUAAUUGAUAACCGUUUCGAAGUUUAUGAAUCCGAAAAUGAAGCUGUACAAGGCCGUAAGGUAAACCUGAUAAUGGAUACGGAAGAUACACCACAUUGUUUUUCAAAACUCCGUGUACUCACAGAUUACAAUCAUAUAGAAGAUAACAACAAUAGAUUCAAACGUUUUCUACAUUUUGAAGGAUUCCGGACUCUGAUAUCAAGUGAAAUGUACAAAGAGCAUAACUUAAAUAGGAUAAGGCAAGUUGCACCGAGAUUUGAUACAAUUCAUGGUCCUUGUAUAUCAGACUAUAAUGAACGUUAUGAUUUUGCACAUUGUCUUAAAUGUGCCAAGUGGAUAUCGCAGGCACAACCAUGGAUUCAUAGACCACGUGGAGCAUGGCCUAACGCUAAAAACAUUGAAAAAAUUAUCAAAUGUGGCGUUUUAUUUGUUCCCAUUGGCUCCAAAGGAUCUAGCAUUGAAAACCUUCAAUGGCGAAUAUCAUUUUCCGUAGCAGAGAAAAUACUUAUCUUUUCAUUCAACCACACCCAACUUUUAUGCUAUGCCCUGUUGAAGAUCUUUCUAAAAGAAAUUAUAGAAAGUCAUGAAGAUUUGAAAGGUAUACUGUGUUCGUAUUUCCUGAAAACGCUCAUGUUUUGGAUAUCAGAAGAAUACGAUUUAUCUAUCUGGACACCAUGCAAUAUAAUACACUGCUUCAAGUUGUGCUUACUUAGACUUUUAUACUGUAUCAAAUAUUCAACAUUGCUUCACUAUUUUAUACCCGAUAAUAAUUUAUUUUAUUUACGGCUCACCGAACAGAAUAAGGCGACCUUACUCAUUCUCAUUAGGGAUGCAUACAACCAAGAUAUCCAAUGUUUCUCGUCAUCCAAAACAUUGAAUAAUUAUCAAAAAUACGUCACUGGAAAUUUUGAUAGAUUAAGCAUUGUACCGGAAAUAAUGGAAGUAUUUUCAACUGCCAUUGCUUCUUUUAAUUUCGGAAAUAUAUUCUGUCUACUGAGAUAUUUCAUAUAUCAUUCCAGGAGUUCUUUAUCGAGAGAUGUUUUUACGUUGUUUCUAUCGCAUGCGAAUAGCUGUGAAUCACAGAAUUUACAAUUGCACAGACAACAUAAUAAGCUUAAAUACUUCACGUACAGACGUAUUAUCAGUCAACUAUUGAUAAGCGUGCAUUCAGAUGCUGUAUCUGGGUGGCUGAUAUUAGCCUCCUUUUUCUACAUCCAGAAAAAAUACAUAACGUCGACAAUACUUAUAAAUUAUGCUUUAUCGAAUUGCAACGAUGAAAAGGUAGAAGCUCCGAAUGGUAUGUGGCUAGGUUUUAAUAGGAACCAAAAGGUAAUAUUAAAUUGGACAAAACACGAAAAUCUCAUAACUGUUCUAAAGGCGUUCACAUUACAAGAACUGCGAUUUAGUGAAAAUUCACAAAUGAUUCCAGUUGAACUGCAACCAAUAAUAAAGUGGAAUAACAAUCUCAUUAUCCAUCCGAAACCAUUUGCACAUUUUAUCAGUUUUUUAUGCUAUUAUCAUUUACAUGACCGAUCAUCCUGCAGACGUUCUAUGUAUCAUUUAAACCAAAUAGUCGAAAAUUGUAAAUCUUUUCAGUCUUGUCGUAUUGGCAAUACUAUGCAACUUAGAUAUUCUCAAGAUAGUAGACAUUUAUCUUUUUGGGAUAUGUUUUAUACUGUGAAGUUUUUGGAAAUUUCACAUCAAAUGAUUGGCAAACCUCUCAGUGACAUAGCACGACAGUAUUCCAAAAUAUUUAAAAAUACGACUGCAUUGAUUGACAGUAAUUAAACUACAAAACAAGUUCCUGUUUCGAGGCCAGUUCCGGGGAGAAAAUUCCAGGGACUUAAUGUUCAUAUUAUAUUGCAUGAUUUAUGUAAUGAAAACAGAUCACUUUACAAUACUAAGUUCUGUGAAAAUGGCAACCAAACAAUAAUUAUAGCAACUGUUUAUUUACAAAAUCCUCGGUUUUACAACAUUAUGAUCACAGAAACGACAGAUGUAGCAGCUUUUGAGAGAUUUAAAAAAAUAUCCACUGCUUUUGAUUUGUCAAAAGCUCUAACAAAUAACGCGCAUAUUACCUCAUUUAUUAGCAGAUAUAUUUCUAAAAAAAUCGUGAUAUUAGAUACACGUAAACUCAAUGUCAAAACCUAA